AUGAGUGAGUCGAUCCUUGCCGCGUUGUCAGCGCUGUCUAUCAAGGCAAGCGAGCCGCGCUCCGCCACGCAUGCCUCUGCAUCGUCGCAGGGUGAAUGGGCAGAAGCUCUCUCUGCUCUGCCUGACACGGCCAAGCCAGCCAACUACCGUUUGCUCAAGACGCUUGUUUUCAAGCCCAAGACGGCCAAAUCGGAGACGCCCAUUCCCGUGAUGGUUGUGACGGAUGAGGCCACUCAAACGAGUACGCCGGCCAUUGGUGCGCAUCUGAAGCUUAAAGAGUUGCGUCUGGCGGUGCCGGAGCUGCUGCACGCGACACUGGGUGCAACCAAGGACGAUGUGUCGCCCUUCUCCGUGACGGCGGAGAAUGCAAGCAAGCUGCGUGUCUUAGUGGACCAAGAUAUGGUUGAUUCUGGUGCCAUAUAUGCUGUGCAUGCUCGCUCGGCGUCCGAGACUGUGUUUGUGACGGGUGCGGCGCUGGUGGCCUACCUGACGAAUGUGCAAGCCUCGAUGGACACGGUCGCAUUCAGCACGCUUACUGCACCUGCCAAGCCGCAGCAGUCGGAAGUCCAGAAGCCCGUGUCGAAGUCGAAGCAGGAUGCCAAGAUCCAGGAUGCCGAGCUCAUUGGCAUUACCGUGCGCAAGGAACUCGACUUCCCAGAGUGGUACCAGCAGGUGCUCCGGAAGGGUGAUAUGCUGGACUACUACGAUGUCAGUGGCUGCUACAUUUUGAAGCCUUGGAGUUAUUUUGUUUGGGAGUGUAUCCAGGACUUUUUUAAUGCCGAGAUCAGGAAGAUUGGUGUGCAAAACUGCUCGUUCCCCAUGUUCGUGUCGUCGGAUGUGUUAGAACGUGAAAAGGACCACAUUGAGGGCUUUGCACCCGAGGUCGCUUGGGUUACCAAGGCUGGCAAGUCUGAUCUCGAGAAGCCUGUGGCUAUCCGCCCCACCUCUGAGACGGUCAUGUACCCAUACUACGCCAAGUGGAUCCAGAGCCACCGCGAUCUGCCGCUGCGAAUGAACCAGUGGAACAGUGUGGUGCGCUGGGAAUUCAAGCACCCGCAGCCAUUCCUCCGAACGCGUGAGUUUCUGUGGCAGGAAGGACAUACGGUGCAUCUGCACAGAGAGCAGGCUGACGAGGAGGUGCGCUAUAUCCUAGACCUGUACAGGCGCGUGUAUGAGGAGCUGCUGGCUGUGCCGGUCGUUCCAGGCGUCAAGUCCGAGAAGGAAAAGUUCGCUGGUGGUUUGUACACGACGACCGUGGAGGGCUAUGUGCCCACGACGGGCCGUGGUAUACAAGGUGGUACGUCGCACGCGCUUGGCCAGAACUUUAGUCGCAUGUUCGACAUUACGGUGCAGGACCCCAAGGCCUCUGACGAGGUGCGUGGCAAGCCCGAGGGCCGUCUGUUCCUCUGGCAAAACUCGUGGGGUCUAUCGACGCGCACGAUUGGUGUGAUGGUCAUGGUGCACGGUGACGACAAGGGUCUAGUGAUGCCGCCGCGUGUGUCACAAGUGCAAGUGGUGAUCGUGCCGUGUGGUCUCGGUGUCAAGGUGUCGCAGGAAGUCAAGGAUGCCGUGAACAAGCUGUGCGCUGACACAGAGGCCCAGCUACGCGGCGCUGGUAUUCGCGCGCAUGCGGAUCUGCGUGACAACUACAACCCUGGCUUCAAGUUCAAUGACUGGGAACUGCGUGGUGUGCCGCUGCGUAUCGAGGUCGGCCCGAAGGACUAUGAGAACAAGUCGGCCGUCGCCGUGCGUCGUGAUACGGGUGCCAAGGCGUCGCUGCCGAUCGACUCGCUGGUGCAGCGCGUGCCUGAACUGCUUGACAGCAUCCACGGUGAUAUGCUGGCCAAGGCUGACGCGCAGUUCCGCGAUCACCGCAAGGUCGUGCUGACAUGGGAUGAGUUCACGCCGACGCUCAACGAAAAGAACCAUGUCAUCAUCCCGUGGUGCGAGGACAGUGAGUGUGAGGACGAUAUCAAGGACCGCAGCGCUCGCAUUUCGCUGGCCGGCGAAGCACAGGAUGAGCGCGCUCCGUCCAUGGGCGCCAAGUCGCUGUGUAUUCCGUUCGACCAAUCGCCCUACCCGCCGAUUGAGGGACACAAGUGUCCGCAGUGCGGCAAGCCGGCCAAGUGCUGGACCAUGUUUGGCCGUAGCUACUAA